AUGUCGGAGACUAAUCAGCGUUUGAUCGUCAUCACUAUCAAUGGCUAUCGCAAGCCUGGGUUGACGGAGGAAGAGCUCCAUCAUCACCUCUGUGAAGUACAUGCGCCGAAGGCUUCGCCUUUUUUGGAGAAAUAUGGUAUUUUGGAAUAUAAUGUGAUCGAUAACUUCAGCGCCGCCCGUCCACAUGCCGAAUACCUGCAGAUGUCGAAGAAGCUCUCCGACCAUGACUAUAUCGUUCAGUUUGUAAUGAAGGACGUCGAGGAUUUCAAGAAGGUCUGGGAGGAUCCGGAGUUCAGGAAGAAUGUCAUGCCUGACCAUGAAACUUUUGCGGAUACGACUCGCUCGGGGGUUUGCAUUGGAUACUUGAACAGCUUUUUGAACGGGAAAGACUCACAAGGCAGGCUGAAGAACUGA